UACCUUACAGUACCAUAUAACAUAGCUGUUGGUUGCUAGUCUCAGGCUUCUCUGCCCUCUUCGUGAUUUGCUGCUGCUUUUCUUCAUCGCUCCUUGCUGCUGCUGAUUGUUCACGAAAUCAGGGCAAACGAUUUGCUCCUGCAGUUCCGUGGCAUCUAGAAUGAUAAAAAGUUUGGUUCUUCCUGGCAAACCUUCGAGAUUAUAUGCUGCAAACAUUGGAGGUUUUGAACAAGUUAAAAGCAACGGAGUGAGGAUGGAACUUUCUAUAGCUCAACCAGAUGAUUGGCAUCUUCAUCUUCGUGAUGGUGAUCUUCUUGAAGCUGUCAUUUCUCACAGUUCAAAACAAUUCGGAAGGGCAAUAGUCAUGCCAAAUCUGAAACCACCAAUUACAACUACUGCCGCUGCUGCGGCAUAUCGCAAGUCCAUCCUGAAAGCACUGCAAGACAACACCAACUUCACACCAUUGAUGACACUAUAUCUAACAGAUACAACAACUCCACAUGAAAUCAAACUAGCAAGAGAGAGUGGCAUUGUAUAUGCUGUGAAGUUGUACCCUGCUGGUGCUACUACGAAUUCUCAAGAUGGUGUUACAGAUCUAUUUGGGAAAUGCGUACCUGUGCUGGAGGAAAUGGUUAAUCAGAACAUGCCUCUUCUGGUCCAUGGAGAAGUUACUGAUCCUGAAAUUGACAUAUUUGAUCGUGAAAGGGUAUUCAUUGAGACCGUUCUAAAACCCUUGAUACAGAAGUUCCCAAAGCUGAAGGUUGUGAUGGAGCAUGUUACUACUAUGGAUGCUGUUAGGUUUGUUGAGUCUUGUGAAGAAGGUUCUGUUGCAGCUACGGUCACCCCACAACAUCUUCUUCUAAAUAGAAAUUCACUUUUCCAAGGAGGAUUGCAACCACACUCUUACUGCCUUCCAGUACUGAAGAGGGAGACCCACAGACAGGCUAUUGUUUCUGCUGUCACAAGUGGAAAUCGAAGAUUUUUCCUAGGAACCGAUAGUGCACCUCAUGAAAGGCGACGAAAAGAAAGUGUUUGUGGAUGUGCUGGUAUAUUCAAUGCUCCUGUGGCACUCUCUCUCUAUGCUAAGGUCUUUGAAGAGGCAGGUGCAUUGGACAAACUGGAGGCAUUUACAAGCUUUAAUGGACCAGACUUUUACGGGCUUCCAAGAAACACAAGAAAGAUGACAUUGAAAAAGACGACAUGGAAGGUUCCAGAAUCAUACUCGUAUGCAUCCGGAAGUAUAGUUCCAAUGUCUGCUGGUGAAUCGCUCGAAUGGCUGCCAUGCUUGCCUUAAAUGAAACGACAUUUAGUAACACUUCAGUCCUCAUGAAUUCAAAUUAUGGAAACCAUUUUUUGUAAAAUUGAAGAAGGGGCGUAAAAAUCUCGCCAAGCCAAGUAGCAUUCGAUGCAAAUGGUCUCUUUAUUUUUCAUAGCUGGAUCUUGUUUUCCGAAUGGGAUAUACUGGGUUUGGCCCUUUUACUUUUCAUAAAGAUCGCCUUUUUCAACAAUUGGAUGUUUUGAUC